GCGGCCUGAGGUCCCGGGAGUCGGUACGGGCUCUGCGAGCCCCUCCCUGCGGAGCGGCGGGUCCGGGCGGGGAUGUGACGGCGGGAGCCGCGGGCCUGCCUGGCGCGUCGUGUCGGCUCGCGUGUCCUCACCCCAGCCCGCACCAUGGCGGGGUCCGGCUGCGCCUGGGGCGCCGAGCCGCCGCGCUUCCUGGAGGCCUUCGGGCGGCUGUGGCAGGUACAGAGCCGCCUGGGCAGCGGCUCGUCGGCCUCGGUGUAUCGGGUACGCUGCUGCGGCAACCCGGGCUCGCCCCCCGGAGCCCUCAAGCAGUUCCUGCCUCCGGGAACUACCGGGGCUGCGGCGUCGGCCGCGGAGUAUGGUUUCCGCAAAGAGAGGGCAGCGCUGGAGCAGUUGCAGGGUCACAGGAACAUCGUGACUUUAUAUGGAGUCUUUACCAUACACUUACCUCCAAAUGUGCCAUCACGCUGUCUGUUGCUUGAACUCCUGGAUGUCAGUGUUUCGGAAUUGCUUUUAUAUUCCAGUCACCAGGGUUGCUCCAUGUGGAUGAUACAGCAUUGUGCCAGAGAUGUUCUGGAGGCCCUUGCUUUCCUUCACCACGAGGGCUAUGUCCACGCAGACCUCAAACCACGAAACAUUCUGUGGAGCGCGGAGAAUGAGUGCUUUAAGCUCAUCGACUUUGGGCUUAGCUUCAAAGAAGGCAAUCAGGAUGUCAAGUAUAUUCAGACAGACGGGUAUCGAGCUCCAGAAGCAGAACUGCAAAACUGCCUGGCCCAGGCUGGCCUGCAGAGUGAUACAGAAUGUACCUCAGCUGUGGAUCUGUGGAGCCUCGGAGUCAUUUUACUGGAAAUGUUCUCAGGAAUGAAACUGAAACAUACAGUCAGAUCUCAGGAAUGGAAGGCAAACAGUUCUGCUAUUAUUGAUCAUAUAUUUGCCAGUAAAGCAGUGGUGAAUGCCGCAAUUCCAGCCUAUCACCUCAGAGACCUUAUCAAAAGCAUGCUUCACGAUGACCCAAGCAGAAGGAUCCCUGCUGAGAUGGCAUUGUGCAGCCCAUUCUUCAGCAUUCCUUUUGCCCCUCACAUUGAAGAUCUGGUGAUGCUUCCAACUCCAGUGCUCAGACUCCUCAAUGUGCUGGAUGAUGAUUAUCUUAAAAACGAAGAUGAAUAUGAAGAUAUUGUAGAAGAUGUCAAAGAGGAGUGUCAGAAAUAUGGACCAGUGGUGUCUCUGCUUGUUCCAAAGGAAAAUCCUGGCAGAGGACAAGUCUUUGUUGAGUACGCAAACGCUGGGGAUUCCAAAGCUGCUCAGAAAUUGCUGACUGGGAGGAUGUUUGACGGAAAGUUUGUUGUGGCUACAUUCUACCCACUGAGUGCCUACAAGAGGGGAUACCUGUAUCAAACCUUGCUUUAAUUAGUAACCUAAGGACUGUUUCCUGUUCUCCUCUUCCAUUUCUUGGAUUAUUAUAUUCCACAGCUGAAUGCAGGAGCACCCCUUUACCCAUUUUAAAGGGUACCUUGUACAUUUAUUUAAUCCUACUAAUGUGCAGCCAUUGCCCAAACAGUGACUGCAUUGCAAACAUUGGCACUGAGUAGGACAAGACCUCUCAGCUAUACAUUGAGGGGGUUAGAGCACCCAUGUGGGCACCCUUAACUUGUGCAGUAGGGCAGGUGCUGCUCUUUAGUAUGCAACCUAAAAAGAUGUCAUUUCAUGUGGUGAUGAAGCAAUGAUGAGUAAUUUGUCAUAGUGAAUAUUAUUAACAAAUUUGUUAGGGUUGGUGACAUCACAGAUUAUUUGUUUGUAUUGUCAGGUGUAUCUCAUUGUUAUUCUAGCUGGCACUGGAUGCUCUAAUAAUGUUAAGUCAUUGUCAAGCAGCAGUUACGUACCGUGUUCUUAACAAUGAGUUGUGAAUUUUUCUAAGGGAGUACUGUAGAACUUAAUAUUCCUCUGAAGAAACUGCAGUGAGCCUAUCAACGUUUUUUAAAUUACUAUUAAGGCUUUUACAAUAGAAAGCUGAUGCUUGAUCUUGCACAAUUUUUAUGUCUAGUAUGUGUGCUUGAGUGGGUGUGCAGGUGUGAAAGAAUAGAGAAAUUGGAGUCAGUGUACUUUAUAGUGUGAGUCUUGUGAGCUAAUACAGUCUGUAACCAUUUCUUCCUGCCUGUUUCACACUUGUGAGACGUGACAUACAGGUUUCUCGAAAGUUGGUCUGACUGAUAGAAUGUAAAUGACAAAAAGUGCAGAACAAACUGGAGUCUAGACCAGGGUUACACUGAAACUCUUCCGAGUGACUGGAACAAAGAAGGUUUUGUACAUGUAAAUUAUCCCAGUCUUUGGUCUACUUUAGACCCAAGAUUAACUCAUCUGUUUUGUACUGAACCUCUCUCUUGUGAUAAUUGUAAAAUUUCUUCAGAUGUAGUUUUUUUUCUGCUGUAAUGGGAAAUUGAGUGGAUCAGAAAAAAGUUUGUUGUACAGUGAAGGGAAAAGAGAAAGGUGCAAAGAAGGCAGUUAUGGACCCUUCCUCCUCUGUGUCCUCCCUGCUGCCCUGCCGCCUCAUCCCUUGUCCCCUUUGCCUCUGUCUGCAGCUGGAGGGCUUUUGACUGUAACGGAGUAAAGAAAGGUUGGGGUAUUAUUAGGUGUAAGUAGACAGGAAUCAAAACUCAGUUCCUAAAAGCUCUGUAGUGAUCUAAUGUGUCCUUGAUUAGAGGGCGCUGUUCUCAUGAGUUUGUGGGCACAGAUGGACUGUGGCUUGAGGAUUGUGAGCGUGGUUUCUUCUUAUUCUGCAGUAGAUUGCCUUGAGAGCUGUAACUUAGUAAAGCACUGAUAGCACAGGAUAACCCACAGACUGUACACCAGUUUGGAAUUUUCCAUCUCCUUACCUGAAUGAGAGUUUUAUUUAUUUGUUUUUCCUUAGGAAAGAGCAUGUUUCUUUCCCUGACUGCAGCCUGCUUAUAUAGUUUUCUCUUGUCCGAGCCAUAUAAGCUCCUGAAAGCUCCAUUACAAUUUGCAUUUUAAAGGAUGAGUUAUUUUAUCCUGUUGAAAGAUACAUUGUCCAACAUUUGUUAGUAAAAUCAAAUUAUUCAGAGCUCCCUCUUAUGAAGUUAAAUUUGUUUUAAGGGGAUUACGUCAUGGUCUUACAUCAUGGUCCCUGAUAUGUUCCUUAGAUAGAAGGCUCUUCCAGAAUUGAUUGGGUGGUUUUCAAGUCAGAAUUAGAGAGCAUGAAAUCAGUACUGUGAAGUCCUAUGCUUUCCUAGAGCAUAAAUAUUUACAUCAGGGACUGCUUCUGUGGUCACGAGGUACAAGUGAGUUCUUUGGAAGAGCAAGUAUGGUUGACAUAUGUUCCCCUGUCUCAUAAAAAAGAUCCUUGCAAAUAAACUGCAGAUAGGCUUCCAAGCUCUGUCGGGCGAUGCUGCUAACAUUUCUGCACUCAGCCUUCUGUGAUCCUCGUAGUGCAAAUGUACUCCUAGGUGUGUGUCGUGUUUGACCCUGUAGACUUACUGCAGACGAUGCUAACUUGAUUUUGAGGGAACUAAGGAAGUAAAUGGUGGGCCCAAGUAAAUGUAUUGAAUUAAAUAAUUUAUAUUGAAGCCACAAAAUUGAAAACAAAAGCUACCCUACUAUGAUUUAAACCAUUGUUUGCUAGUUCUUAGCCCAUUUACCAAAGAGGACAGCUGCGUAGUCUCCCUCCUCUGAUACCAUGAGGACUUUCUUAAAUAGGACCAAAUGUUAUAAAAGAUGCAAUUUUCACAAUAAAUAUAUGCACAGAAAUCUUAA